CACAUGUGCUCUGUCUCUGACAGCUGGGGGCUGAACUGUGUUUAGGUCCGUGUUUGGCUGCCAUGCAGCGGAGUAAGGCUGUGAGCGUGGAGGUGAAGCAGGUGAUCGCAGCUCUGGUCAGACUGCUGGCGGCCGCCGGGCUGGACGCGGUUCCCGCGCCGGAAGCUUUCAGACGCGCCAAGUUUGGAGGCGGACCCGAGGAGGACCAGUUUUGGCAGCUUCUCUCCGACAUCCUUCAGGCAGCUGGGGUGGUUUCUUCUGAGGACAGCCGGCAGCUGGGAGGAGAGCGCAGGAAGCUGGUGGCUGCAGGGCUGUGGCAGACUGGCUACCAUGCCGACUGGAUGUACGGGAGGGAUGGAGACGGCACGGAGGGCUUUUCCAGCAGAGACCUCCUGCUGGCGCUGGGCUGGCUGCUGGCGGCCGGAGCGCUGGAGAAACUGCUGACACAGCGAGUACAGCAGCUGGACAAAACCCUCCUCACAUCUGUACCUGUGAAAUUGGAGCUCUCCAGUGAGUUCCAGUUAGACUCUGCUUCCCUGAGGAGACUUCAGUGGCUCGUUGGACGUCUGAGACACCAGGGACGGACCCUGCUGUCCAUGACUCAAGUGCGAUCUCGAGCACUCCAUGCUGUGAGGAGAUCCUCUCAUUUCCAUUUCUACAAACUGAUGUUCUGUAUCUGUCAGAGAAAGCACAACAAAAUCCGGCUCUGGAGCAAACUUGUGUAG